GCGAGCACGAAGAAGGCUCGCCGCCAGUUCAAUGUGGACUUCUUCAACAUCACGACCUGGGGCCCGCAGGCCCAGGACUACCUCGAGGAGACCAGCAGCACCAAGGACAGGGACAUCAUCGGCAUAGCGGAGCAUCACCUCCGCCAGCCAGUGCUGAUCAGCAAGGACAGACCCGCAGGCUUUGAGGGUAACUACUUCAACGAGGAGGGCAGCGACAUCACGGUCGUGAUCGCCCACAUGAUCGAGCACCCGACGGAGCAGGAAAGGUGGACAGGACCAACGCGGUGGGUCAUAGGCAACGAGAUGGCAGACAAGUACGCAAGCUGGGGAGCGGAGCACGGAGCGCUGGGCCCAGCCAUACUCGCGCAGCAGCAGGUCAGGGACCAGAUCACGGCGGCAGUCCAGAACAGGCUGCUGGGCAUCAGCAUGGCGGUGACGGUUGAGGGAAGAGAAAGCAGUCACCUGGACCAGCACGGGAACGCGAGGCUCGAUUUCAAGACAGUGCAGAUCGGCACGCGGGUCGUCCAUGACACCCACAAGACGCAGCUCACGCAGGGCUGGCUCUGGUGCGAGAAGUGCGGGGCCACAAGCUACCUUGGGAACCACAAGAGCCGAAUCGUUGCAGGCGUUGCUCGCAAGCUGGCCAAGCCAUGUGUCCCGCCCACCACAGCGGGGCGCCGAGUCAUCAUGGACCUGCAGAAGGGGAGGCUGCCGCGAAGAGCAAAGCAUGACGAGGACCAAGCGGCAGCCGCGCCACCAGAGGAGGUCACGAUUGCGGGUUUCAACCCAAGGGUGAGCAGCGCAGAGGUGAUCGACCUGGACGGAGAAAGCUCGGAAGCAGAGACACCGCAGCAAGCUCAGCCACAACCGCCAAGACAUCCCCACCCAGCAGCCGAGGCGAGCUGGCAGCUUGUGGACCACAUGGAGGGCUACGCGGAGCAGUGGAUGGACAUGGUGGACCCGGAUGUGUGGGAGGACAAGGACGACUGGAUGGAGCACAGUGUCCCGUACCUGGUAGCCGUCACCAUUGGAAGUAGGACGGACGCCCAAGACCAGAAGAAGGCAGCCACGCCAAGAGAGAUCCAGCAGACCAGCGAAUUUUGCGAGGACAUCUGGAAGGGCACCCACAAGGCGAGAAGGAGGCUCAUGACAUACAUGCUCACCCUCCCACGCGGCACCAGACAGCAGGCGGCAAGGGCACACAUGGGAGCCUUCCAGGGCAGGCGGACGAUCAUCCUCACCCACAGCAUGCCCAGCAGCGAUCGCAGGCCACUACCCAGCACGGCGGACGGCUACAGGGCGUGGACCCCAGAGCACCUGGACGACGACUCAACGCAACCAGACAGCGAGGUGCCAGAGCUGGAAGGCCAUGACAGCGACCAUGGCAUGGGCAUCGUCGAGGCGCUAGACCAGCACAACGAUGCCACAACCAGCGCCAAGGCCAGCACGACCAUGCAGGGGGCGCCAUGGAUCGCCAAGCCGACAGGGCCCGACCUGAUGAAGUACGCGCGGGAGGCCAAGGAGGCGGGCACGCAGCAUCCGCGCCUCUGCCAGCAACGAGGAGAUGAAGAAGACCCUGGGCGUGAGCUGGCCUGGCUCGAGAGGAACCGCCUGGAGCAGCUCAUGCAAACGCUGGCAGGAGGCUGGGCCCAGCUAGCAGGCGAGAGCGGCUGGCAGACGUGGAGCGCGGCGCGCGUACCCCAUGUGCCGAGGGAGCUCCAAACAAGUCCAUACCAGCGGCUCUUCAGUGAAAUCCCAGGGCCAAGCAGCCAAAACAGCCAGCGCAGAGCGGCAGAGGACAUCUGCCGCAUGGCCUGGCCCAACAGUGGAAUGGAGCGCGCGGGGAUCCAGCGGCAGGACCCUCGCGAGGCGGCGCGACGCAGGACCAUGGCAGAACAGCUCCUCG